AUGGGCACCAUGAAUUCGAUACAGGUAUGAAUUAUGACAUGAUACCGACUGGUAUACUGCAUUAUAAUUUUGCGUUCAUUUCGCAAGACCGCUGGCAUAUACUGCAGUACCAUUCUCCAAGGCUGGCGUGCCAACACCUUGGAUCUAUUUUGCUUUCAAACGUUCUUGCCAACUUUGUGACGCCACGGAAUAAAAUCACCACCAAAAUUCUGCUCCUCGUUUAGGGGUACUUUCUACACAACUUGCUGAUGGUUUAUUCUUAAACUGGACUCGAUUAUUUGGUCCUUAAGAACGCUUUUUAUGACAGUUUAUAUAAGGAAGUUUGGAAACAAACCACCGAUUUUGGAUACAUUUUCGUAACGGGAUAACCACGCCCUGUUUAGGGUCGUUCUAGCGUGGUGGGGGAACGGCGGCUUGUACGUCAGCUCGUUCGGAUUGGCGUUGUAACUUGGGCGGCUACAAAACACCAUGGCUGUUCACACUGAUGGAAACUUUCGAGUCUUUUGGAUGCUGGGAGUGUUAACAUGCUGCUUAUUCACAAAUACCAAUGGACAAGAAGGAGUCUCGAGCCUCCAGAUCGACAGCACCACUUCCUUCGGUUUUGAAAUCUCAUGGUCGGCAGGAGCCUGGGACUACUACGUCAUUACUGCCUAUCUAGGAUCUGGUGAGGAAGCCCCUGGAUAUCCUAUGAACUCCACCUCAACGUCUGCACAACUGAUCCAUCUGUACCCUGAUACAGCUUACGAUAUUCAGGUACAACCUAAACUGAACAAUGGAGAAGAAGGCCAACUGGACACUAGAUCGGGCACAACUGAUGUCUCCCGCAUAGAGGUGACGGUAAGGAGCGAAACCUUUAUCAGUGUUGCUUACACCUUGCCCGAGGACGAGCCAUCUUCCAAUCAGCAAAUAAGACUUGGUCAUUUCGGGAGUACAUUGCAGACUUCUGGUAAUCAGCCAGUAAAUAAUAUGGGGAGCAUCAUCUUCAAUUCAUUUCCCGCUGUCUCACCGGGAGAUCUACUGUACGCAUCAAAUGCUCCAUCGAGUGACCUAACCAACUACUUGAAUGAGAUCCACUUCAGAUAUCCUCCAAAUCCCCCCCAGAAUGUCAUGGUAAAUCCAUCGCCAGGCAAUGCUUUUGCAGUGACCUUCGACCUUCCAGCAACUGGUGGCAACUAUGAUGGAUUUAAGAUCUGUGUCAACGACGAAGUGCGGGAGACUCUGAUGGGCAGUGCCACGACUUCAGUGAUCAUCGACGGUUUGGCCCCAAAUACGCCGUAUACGUUCGAUGUGACGUCUUUUGUGGGUAUCGGCGGGGAUGAAGCAGAAAGCGAAAUCUUCAGUGACACCCGAAUUCUAGUGAACUUUAACCUCAUCCUGAGAGAGGAGACAGUCCUUGGUCUAUCUUGGGGCCAACCUGAAGGCACAGACUAUGACAGUCUUCGGCUGGAAGCAUCAUUUGGACUGAACAGCAGAAUCGAGGACCUGCCAGCUGAAUCUCUAGCUUUCAACUUAACCGAACUUACUCCCGGAACCGAGCACACUGUGUCUCUUUACAAGAAGAUGGGCGAAGACAGAGGGGAUCUCGUCACACGGAAUACAUUUCAGACAUUGCCUGCCACCCUGGAUGCAAGCACCAUCACCUUCUCUGUGAAGGAGAAUGGUGACCUGGUAAUGAACUGGAGAAGUGACCCAGGAGUGGUGGAUUAUUAUGAGGUUACUGUCACCCCCGGGGACAUGGUCUUGAACAUCACAGCGAACACGUACACAUUCACUACUCUGGACCCGUCGACCACUUACACAUUCAGCAUCAAAACUUUUACGGGUGGCUUUGAGUCGACAGGCACGGCUACGGAAAACAGAUUUACAGGCCCUGCAGCCCCAGGAGGCAUCGAGAUUACUGCUUACUCAACUGGAGCCGAUAUCGAUUGGACAGAUGUUCCCGAUGCAGAAAUGUAUCGUGUUAUUCUCAAAAAUUUAAGCGGUGACACUUUGUCUGAUGAUAUGUACGAUGGACCUCCAUUUGAGCCACAGGACUUGGAAGAAGCAACUGCCUACUCAGUUUCCAUCACGUCGAUAGACACAAAUGGAAUUGCUGGAGAACAGCUCACUGGCAGGACCAGCACCAUGCCCUUCACAACAAUCACACGCUUUGCAGAGGUGACUUCCAGGACGGGGGACAGUAUAACCCUAGGCAGCUUGACUGCGGGUGAUGAGGCAUCAGCAGAAGGUGGUGGUUCAGUCUUGGCUGAUGUGUUGGGGAACGGAGUUAUAUUCGGAUUAUCACCGGCCAGGUGCUAUAGAAUUGAAGUCGCCAGAAGUUUAGCUUUAAUUGAUUUUUUUGAAGAAUGCACCCUGCCUGAUCCACCUUCUGUGACCGUACAGAGAGGGAGCCCUACUGAUUCACUGCUGUUGUUGAACAUCACCGCACCAAGCAGUAGCAGUGAAUUGGUGACAUACGCUGUAACCGGUGGGGGAUCAGAUGUGCCUCAGACAGUCACAGACAUUUCAUCUUCGAUCUCUUUCUCUGGCUUGGAACCGUACACAAACUACACCUUCACAGUGGUGUCUGUGUUCAUGAAUCUGGAAAGUUCAGAGGUCACCGAAUCAGAAAGCACAGCUCUUAGUAGUCCUUCGAACUUUGAGGCUACAUUGACCACCUAUACUGAAAUCACUUUGGAGUGGACAGCUGUUCCUAAUGCUGCAAUCUACAUUCUAAGACGAACCCCAGGAGAUGAUCAAGUUAUGACUAAUCAGCCCAGCCAUACCUUCACCGGCUUACGGUCAAGCAGAGUCUACAGCUUUUCUAUCAUUAGCUCCCGCGCCGGGGACUUUGACAGUGAAGAAGUGACUAUCGAUGCUUCCGCAGAGGAGAUUCCUGCAGGGCUACUCGUGGUUACAGAUGUGACCUCUGAAGGGGCCCGCAUCCAAUGGGGAACAUAUGACGGUGUUACCUUCUAUUCAAUAACCUUCGAUCCUGUUGACGCAGUUAUACCUAAUAAUGGCGCUCUUGUGCCUGACAUUAACAUUGUCAUCCACACACCCGGCAAUAUCAUUAAUGUGACUCUGGGGGAUUUAUUCAAUAGCGUUGAUGUAUUAGCCUUCACACAACUCAGAAGUGGGCCUGGAUCGCCAAUAGGUCCGUUAAACAUCUCCGGCUCCGUCCUCACGGCCAACAUUACAUGGAUAUCCCCAGCAAGCCCUCAUGAUGGCUUCGAGGUAUACAUUACAAAUUUGGAUUUGCCUAGCGGGGAGCGCAUUCUCAAAGAGACAUUGUCCAACAACCCUGGGUUCUACAUUGUGACAGGUCUUAUUCCAGGAACAACCUUCGAAAUCGAGGUUGGGACAUACCUUGAUCCUGUGGGAAUGUUCCCAUUGCAGAGGAGUGAACAGAGUAUAAAUCUGCGUAAUAAUAUCACGACAGAUGCCCCUGAACCUGAGGAGAUUUUUCUUGUUGACUGCGGUACAGACUACAUCCAGGUGACGUGGGGAGUGUCAUCCUAUACCUAUGAUCAUUCGAUCGAACCUACUCAUGAGGGAACAGAAAUGGACCUAGACAGGGUCAAUGGUCUUGUUACCUAUCGUGGUUUGCAGCCAGGCACUCAGUACACUAUCUUCAUUACGAACAGCUCCGCGGGUGUGUCUUUGAAUGUGUCCUCAUUCACGGUUCCACUACCACCAAAUGGCUUGGCUAUGUUGUCCGCCACCUAUGACCAGAUAGUGUUGUCGUGGGGUGAGAGCUCUGGUCAGGACAUAGAGUACGAGAUUGUUGCAACGUCUAAAGCAUGUGGAGGGAUCUCUCUCCCGGUGAUUAACACUAGUGAUCUUAACAUAACGCUGACGGAUCUAAGGAUUGCUACAAACUUUACGAUCAGUGUUGUGGCGGUGGCCAAUGAGGAGAAGAAGAGUGACCCUGCUGUUAUCACAGUACCUACAGAUUCCACUGGAGUUGUGGAUGGCAGGUUGACCGUAAUACCCAGCAAAGAUAUUGGAGACCAACAAGAAGUAUUGGUACUUUAUUUGUUUGACACUGAGUUUACAUUUACAUCCCUGUCCAUCUCAACAAGUGGAUCUUGUGAAGAUUCAAGCUUCAUAACAUGGAAUUUAACAAGGGGAAUAAUUGUAGGCUUUAAUGUGACUUCUCCCUUCGGGCAUCCAUUCACAGAGUACAGGACAGAUCCUCAGAUCCUUAACAGUGUAUCCCUUUCGAAAACGAUGGAAACGUCAACUCAGUUCAGUUGGACUGACCCGUCCACAGGCAGCUAUGAUGGUGUUAUAUUAGUCGUGACUUCCCUUCAAGAUCAAGAAUACUCUCCUCCAGGACAGCAGUUGAGAACGUUCAAUCCAUUAGUCCAAUACACCUUAGAAGCCCUGAAACCCUCAACCAGUUACAACGUCCGUGUGAAGGCCCUCAGCAAUGCCACGGCUAGAUUUGAAGAACAAUUUGGCCCUGAAGAGAGGAUCAGCUUUACUACACUGUCUCUACCAGCUUCUGAAGUAUUCAUUUUGGAGAUGGGUAACUCUUCAGUGGAAUUAAUCCAUGGGGGCAAUGGCAGUUCAUUCAACUUUAGCAUCAACCCAGACCAUGGUGUAAUCGUACCAGGCGACAACAACAGGGUAGCCUUCACCAAUCUCAUGCCAGGAACCGUCUAUAACGUUUCAAUCUACGUCGUCGAUGAAGAUCUCGAGAGUUCAUUUCUGCUCAGAUUGCCUCCAUUAACACCUAUGGUAGCUGUCAGGGAUACCACAGAAACCACAAUAACACUGGACAUCGUGGCGGGCCCAGGCGAUGCCGAAACGUAUGCCAUUAGAAUCGCAUCCACCAACCCAGACUUCUGUUCGUAUGAAGAUAUAAGGAACAUUGAAUUCUUUAAGAGUGGUGACUACGUCAUCGACAACCUCCCACCCUCGCUAAUGUAUAACAUAGAGGUCAGGUCUGAAGUUGCAGCAAUUGAUGACGUUUGGCUAGAGGCAUAUAGCCCAGGUGUAAACCUCAGUGCAUCUACAGAAUUGGUCCCAUUAGAUGGUUUCACCGUCAUCAACAGGAGAGAAGAGAGCGUAAAUCUUGCCUGGUUUUCAAACACCACCUCUAAUCUCACUCUGACGAGUUGGUCGAGGGAUCAGAGUGUGACUGAAACCCUCCUCUCAGAGACAGAUUGCUCCUCCCCACGAAUAAUGGAGAUUGACUUGAACCGUACCGGCACUGUGUACAUCAUAGCAUACAGUCCAGACUCCUCGGAAGGGUUCAAUUACACCACACGAACAGACCCAGCGGCUGUUAUGGAUUUGAAUGUCACUUCGGCAAACCAAACAUCUAUUGAAGUUACCGGGAAACUUCCAUCUGUUGGGGAUGUGGAUCGUGUGGAAUUGACAUUGACAUCAACGGAAGAUGGGCGAUACACUACUCCGGUUGAAACUGCAUCAGUGAUAGAAGAGGGCUAUCUUUUCACCAAUCUCCUGCCUAACACCUUGUAUUAUAUUUCUGUAAGGAGUGUUCUCAAUUCGACCGAUGAGUUUGAGGAGCAAAAGAGUAGACCGUACAACAUUACCAAACGAACAGAUGUUCCUGUUUCACCAAUGAUAUUUGAGAUUGAUCGCAAUGAGACGGCCAUCGUGUAUAGCAUAGGAGCUUUCGAUGAUUCCGAUGUGACACUAUCCCCUAACGGGGAUUGGAUGAGUAGUUACGAAACUGAUCAUACAGUUUUCAUCACUAACUUGCUCCCCGGUCAGCUGUACAAUGGUACCAUUUCAACCGCCGAAAUACUCCCUAUCCAAUUCAGAUUACGUCCUAGCAUGCCUGAAAUUACUGUUCUUAACAUGACGGAGUCCAGCAUCGCAUUAGGUCUCCAGCCUGGCAACGGCGUUCUAGAUGAGUACAUCAUCACCAUUCAAUGCAUGGAUGCUACUCAAGACCACUGUGUUUGCGAAGAGGAACACAGAGUUCCAGGAAAUGCAAAGACCUUCGUCAUCGAUGACCUUCGACCCAGUGUUGAGUACAGCAUCAGUGUUGUAGCAUGGGCUGGAUCGGAACUAGCUGAAACCAGUGUAGAAGUUACUCUGGAAGUGACGACUCUGGGGAUUCCUGAUAAUCGCUUCACGGUUUUGGACCAGACACCAGAUAGUGUCAUCUUGGCCUGGACAGUGAGUGGGCCAGCCAAUAUCACCAUGGAACGUUUGAUGCCCAGUGGUUAUGUCCUCAAUGCCACAUAUGUGUACGACGGUUGCUUCAGCUCUAACGUGCUGGAGGUCAGUGGUCUGGAACCCGUCACAAUUUAUCGCUUCACCAUGCCGGACGAUGUUUCAAUUCUCAUCAGAACAGAUCCUCCUUCAAUUGAAAAUUGUUCCGUGGAGACCACGUCUUCAGGCUACACUUUUACUUGGUCAGCCUUAGCCCCUGGCAGUAACGAUGGCUACCAGGUGACCGUCACCGAUUCACAAGGUGGCCUUGUGCAAGAAGAGGCAGUUCCUCCCACAGACAACCCAGAAGUGGUUAAGAUCAGGGUCCCACCUGAAACCGAACUCACACUGGCAGUCAAUUCAUGGUUGGCAGCUGAUGACACAAACAACUUUCCUCAGCAGUUUGGGGCUGUGCCCUGUAAUCAAAAUGCUGUCACUAAGUCCCUGGAAGCUGGGGAAGUAUCUCCCACGAAUGUAACUGUCAAUGAGAUCCCCUUCGUUGUGGGUAACGCCAGUGCCCUGGAAGGAUUCGAGGCUUAUGCCUUUGCGGUAGAGCCACCUGGCCCUGUGAUCAGCUUCAACGCUGAUAGUCUGACGGGAGUCUACAGCAAUGUCAUCCCUGGACAGCUAUACACCAUCACCUCCACCAUCGAAGGCACGGACGUCACGUUCACCCUCACAGAAAGAGCAAAACCGUUGCCCCCUGUCGAUGGCAGCUCACCAUCUGCUGGUGUCACGUCUGUCCGUCUCCAAUGGGAAACACCAAGUGGCAUCGUCACCUUCUACAGGGUGACAAUAAACCCAACCCUUGACACGGAUCAAAACUUCAUUGAGGUUACGAACCUCCUGCCAGGCACGGACUACAAUGUGUCUAUUGUGGCUAUCAGUGGCACUGGGCUAUAUCAGCAAAUAAGCGAUCCAAUUGAGUUCCAGGUCAUAACUGAUAAUUUGACGACCGGGGAGCUCGUCUUUGUAGAUGUGACUUCUUCAUCUAUGACUGCCAUUUGGUCGGACAGUGGUUCACCGCCGUAUACGCCAAUUAUCAUGUUAGGAACUGAGACAAACACACUUUCUACCCCGAGUCCUGAUGGCAACAUGCUCAUCGUAACAGACGGUGUGAAGUCAUCACAGAUUUAUGUUUUCACUAUCUACGAUUCCACUUUUGCAUUUGUGGUGGCAAAUAAUUCUGUUCGAACAAAUCCUGAAACCCCACAGCCACCAAUCCUGACCAGCGUAGGACCUUUCAGCCUGUCCUUUGAGUGGGCCCCUACCAACACAACCUUCUCAUCCUACAGGAUGUACUAUGUCCCUUUCUCUUUCAGAAGAGAACUUAUAUCCACGAUUCCGAAUAACAGCUCGGACCUGACGUACAGCCAGGGGUGUCUGAGACCCAACACGGAGUAUGUUUUCGAGGUAGAGACUGUUUUGGAUGCAGCUGAUGGGUUUGGUGAACAGACAAGCGAUUCUGCACAGUCAAUCUCGAUCACAACAGACCCAAGGGAACCUGGGACUAUUGACGUGGAAGAGUUGACCUCGACAUCCAUCUCAAUCACGUGGACCGAGUUUGCAGGAAUCACCGACUAUAUUGUCAACCUCACCCUGGCCAGCAACAACACUGAGCUGUUCUCAGGAGUCAUCAGAAGUUCCCUCAAGGCCAGCUUCUCAGGACUGAUGCCGGGAGAGGAGUACAUCAUCAAAAUUGGGUUGCAGUGCGCCGGAGAAGUUCUCUCUCUUCGACAGUAUACAUUACCUCUUGAGCCGGUGUGCGCCGUCUUUACUUGGGUCACCGAAGACUCUGUCACCCUGCAGUGGUCUCGUCCUGAAAGCCAGCUCUUCGGUUACGAGAUCAUGUACGACGACGGCAGUGGUCCAUACAGUCCUAUCAAUGUGUUCGACAGGAACUCUUUGCAGUUGGAGAGAACAAUCAUGGGUUUGAUGGAUGGACCAGGUGUUGAGGUGAACAUCACCACGCUCGCUGGUGCAGGAAUGACCCAGACCAGAAGCAACCCCGUCAAGAUCAGUCCAAGUUCCCUUGGCAGUGCCUUCAACAUUACAACGGUGACAUCAACCAGCAUCGCGUUUGGAUGGUAUGACCUUCCAGACGCAUCCGAGUAUGAUGUCUGCAUUCAGCAGAUUAUGGGGAAUGCCACUUGCCGUAACGUGACUGAGAAGACGACGGAAUUUAGUGACCUUUUCCCUGGUGCAGCCUACACAUUUUCACUAGGGUGGGAGUCUGCGUGUGGAGUAACCCUCACCUUCAACACUGUACCCAUAAGUCCUGCCAAUCUGUCUUUGGGCAGCAUCUCCUCUUGCGCAGGUCAAGUGACGUGGGAUAUCCCUGAAAGUGAGUACGAUUUCUUUGAAGUGACCUACAGUCCAGACCAUGGCUUCACCAACUCUCCAGCUCCCAUCUACCGCAUGGACAUCAAUGAGAACCAAACAAGGGUUGAAUUUUCUUUCAUCGGCAUUCUGCCGGACACCAAUUACAACGUCACAGUGGUCACGGUCGUGGGGGCCCUCGAUGUGAGGAGUGAGCCCUCGUACAUCUCUUUCAGAACAGAGUCUCCUGCAAAUGGCAGUGCAGCAGUUACUGCGCUGUCUGCGGAUUCCAUUCAGGUCGGAUGGGGCAACAACACUCAGGAUUAUGUUAAUAUACGAUUCAACCUGGACGGCGAGAACCAGACUGUGUGCGAGAACGAAUUUAUCUGUGCUGUUGGCAACGGCAGCGAGUUUUUUAACAUCAAUGACCUCCAAUCUGGUCGGAAAUACCACGUCUUCAUUGAUCAGGAUGGUGUGUGUGGAACCCUUCAGCAGUACACACGUCCGUUACCACCAGUGAACAUAGAGACUGCCGACAGCCAACUUACCUCGCUCUUAAUCGCCUGGUCCGACCCAGGCAACGAGACCAUGUUUGACCGGUACUACGUCGCCUACGAGAGAGCGGAUGAGCUUGGUAACUUCACAGAGGUGGGUUACCUCUAUCCCAAUGUGACCUCUAUCUUCCUGGAAGGACUAACGCCACGCACAGAAUACCUAUUCAAUGUGUCUACGGUCGUGGGCGAGGGAAAAGCCCAGGCUUUCAGCGACGGGGAAUUGUAUUCUGCAUACACUGCUGAGGCAAAUGGGACAGUUACAGUCUUUGAAUAUGACACGACCAGCAUCAUGUUUACCUGGCCGAACAUGACCUCUGACCUCAACGUUAGCAUCUCCAUCAUACCCAACGAUGGCGCCCUUGACUUGAACAUCGGUAACAGAAGCGCUCAGGUUACUGGCCUUGUUCCUGGGAGACUCUAUAAUAUCAGCGUCCUACCAUUUGAAACCAUCUUUCAAAGAACAAAGCCUCUUCCUCCAUACAACGUCUCGAUCUGUCCAGAUGUCGGCGAGACCUUCUUCUCGUUCUGCGUGAGGCUCACUCCACCAACAGGCGACUACAAUGCCUUCUACGUACUCACCAUGGACGACUUCCAGGCAGUACAGGAGCGAAGAAAGAGGUCCCCGCAAGAAUUUGGCUUUGAUUUGGCGAAAAGAUUGGGAGGAAACGAACUUGAGACUGUCCUUGAUGAUUUGGUGCCAGACACAGGUUACACUGUGCAGGCUGUGACCGUUAGCGGUGCAGGAAGUAUGAAUGAGGAAUGUAGCGCACCGGUUGAAACUAUCGGCAGAACUUUGAUGAUAGGAGAGACUGAACUUGUCUUCACGAAGGUCAACUCAACAGCGUUUAGAGUAUGGUGGAACCGCGAUCGCAAUUUCACCGGGAAUUACAACAUCACGGCCCCGCCCAGUGACCAGCAAAUGCUGAUGUCACAUGACUCGAUACCAUUCGCUGACUUUGAGGGCGUGCUUUCCUCGACAGUUUACAAUGUCUUGGUUGAGACCGGCCCGUCUGGUUCUGUAGCAGCGGGAAGUGUGAGAACUGAUCCUGAUUCGGUCAGUAAUGUCUUCCUGACAUCUCUCGACGAGAUCACACUCAUUGCAUCUUGGGACCCACCCGACGUUGUCACAAGCUCCAAUGAGAUUCUGCUUACACUCUCAACAAACAGCACGGAGGUGCGAUCUGUCAAUGUUUCAGGAAAUGUCACUGAAUUUGUUUUCAAGUGUCUUGAGCCAGAAACGGAAUACACAGUAGAACUCGUCUCCCUGCUGCAGGAGAGCGGAUCGUUUGAAAAACAAUACGCAACCGAAACACCACCAACUGCCACAAAUUCAACAGUGGGCCUGCGUCCAGCUAACGAGUCUACACCGGUUGUUGACUCUUUAACUUCCACCAGCAUUGCUGUUCGUUGGGGGCGCCUGGGCCAAGCCGGCUACAGCGUCUGCCUGGUCGAGUACUGCCGCCAGCGCCUGGAUGACCCUGUUUGCCUCACUAAUAACUCUGACUUGUGCAGCAUUGAGGGAGAGUUUGAUUCUCUAGACCCAGGGCAGCUCUAUAUUGUCUCCUACAUGGACCCCUAUGGAGUGUCUAUGGAACUGGAGAAAGUGAGAACAAGGCCUUCACCCCCAUCCUCCGUAACCAUCACAGCGGUCAGCUCUCGCCUGAUCGAGAUUCGCUGGACUCCACCGCCAAACAUCGCUGAGAUGGUCCUUGAGUACUUCGAUACUGAAUCUCCCUCCAAUACCUGGGAGGCGAGGAUAGACAAUGACGGAAUGUACGACAUCCAUGGUCUGGAUGCGGAUACAAGCUAUACUGUACGGCUGAGCAGCGUGGGACGAACAGGAGCUGGCGAUGGCAGCGAUGGCAAGCGUUUGUCAGGAGAGCCCCUGGAGGAAGUCGUCAGGACAAGUGCCAGAAUCCUGUCAGUCGUCAACACAGCAAAUGCUCUCACUUUCUUGUGGGACGAGCAGCCGAACCCUGAGACAUUCACAGGCUACUUGAUCACAUCCGCCAGUAUCAAUGAGGUCAUACCGAAGCAGAGCGAGGAGACUUCGUACCAAAAAUCCAUAUCGAACUUGACUCCCGGGCAGCUCUACGAGGUCUCACUUUUCCUCCAGCCCAUCACUACUUUCCCAGCGCCUUUGGAUCAACUGCAGGUUCGAACAGCUCCAAGUCCUCCAGAGUCUCUUCGUGUUGUAGAUGAAACUAUCACCACGCUGCGCAUUGAAUGGGACUCACCUGCAAGCGGUCUAUACCGGGGCUUUGAAGUCAACAUUUCACCACCAACCGCCCUGCAGGAGCUGCCCAGGAUAGUGGGUAGCGACAUACGCGGAUUUACCUUCGUGGGGCUGAUGCAUAAUACAGAGUAUACUGUUUCUGUCACAACUAUCAUGGGCGAAGAAGGAUUGGAAGAGAGGAGUACAACAGCAGAAAAGACUGUCAUGACAGCCCGUGGAGAUGGAGAUGAAGUGUACCUCCUGUCUGUUUCGUCAACUGACGCACAAAUUGGUUGGACCAUCCCACCUCCUACAACGGUAUACUUGGAUGGUAAACAGAUUACAGUUUUGAGUCAACCUCACACGAUUCCAAGUCUCACCCCGGGCAGGCAGUAUACUUUCACAGUGGAAGACGUUGACCUCGCGUUCACAACAGUUCCUGAAAGGCCAGAUGGUCUGGAGCUAGAGAGUGUAGGACCUUACUCCUUGGAUUGGAAGGUAGAUACGUCUCUCAAUGACCUCAACUACGAGCGCCUUGAGGUCAGCUACAGCCCCGAGUCCAGUCAGACGGACUCUCCCUUCGACAUCAGUCGCUGCACCGAUGGCACCUUCACCCUUGAGGGGCUUCAGCCGGACACGGAAUAUUCUGUCUCGGUCACUGCGAUUUCUGGUGACACCAGAAGUGACGUACUAACCAGAUAUGGAUUUACAACAUGUGCUCUGGAAGGUCAGCUCCAUGUGGUAUCCCUUAGUAGCGAUGAAAUUGCUCUAGCAUGGGGACCUGUCAACAACAUCCUGGGCUAUGCUGUCCGGUUGUAUAAUGCCAUUGGUAUCAACAUGAUGAAUUUAUCCCCCUCUGCUAAUACUCUGAGCGCCACGCUUGACUCCUUGUCGCCAGCAUCCAACUACUCUGUGCAACUUUUUGUGAUGGAUACUGAUGGUAGCCGGCAAACAAGUGUUCUGCAGUUUGUGACAGAUCCUGCCCCACCCGGCCCAAUCACCUUGCAGUCUUCAACCCAGACCCGCCUCUCAUUUACGUGGACACCAGCCACCAGCAACUUUGACAGUUACGAACUAUCCAUCUCCGGGGGUGACAUGCCAGAGCCCCGCCCAGUGGGUGUGGUCUAUCCCAACGAGGGGAAUGAAUUUGAAGUGGGUGGUCUUCUUCCAGAUACGACCUAUAACGUCAGGAUCUACUCUGUCUUCUUUGAAUCGCGUAGCAUCGCUUCAGAAGCAUCAUUCAAUACAGAUGAACAAAUCCUAGAGUUUAAUGUUGGUAGCAACCAGAACCUCACCGUUUCGUGGCAGGUACAAGAGGGCGCCGAGUCCUAUCGCCUCAUCUACACGACCACCAACAGAAAUACCAACAGCAUUGCUCGUCCAGCCACCUCUACGUCUAUCACCAUCGACAACCUUCUGUUUGGCGCCAUCUACAAUUUUAGACUCGCCACCAUCGCUGCUGAUGGCACUGAAAUGGAGGUUGCCAAUGCAGAUUUUGUUCAGAGUCCAUUAACUCCAUCUACCAACAUUUCAGACAUCAAAGCAACGACUGCUUUACUCACCUUUUCUCUAAGGGAAGGGAUCUUUGACGAUUACGUUGUCAUGUUAUCGUCUCCGACGGAUAGCUGCGGUGCGCGUCAGCCGGUCUUCACCCUUUCCCGUGAGGCGUGCCCUGAGCUCCUCCUCUUGGACCUGUACCCUAACACCAUGUAUACGGCCCAGGUCUUCGCAAGGACCGGGGAGAGGGGACUCAGUCUUCCUAGUGAAACCACCUUGCAAAAUUUCACCACUGCUACUGUAGUCAACAAUGAAGUGGAAAUCAGCAAGGUAGGAACCAACUCUUUAGAGAUCAUCUGGAAAACUGACAAUGUCGAUGAAUAUCUCCUGCACUACAGUGGUCCUGAUGGCCCUUUGAUGUCAGACAUUGUCCCCUACAUUGAGAUUAAUUACUACACCUUCGGCGAGCUUACGCCUGGGACGCAGUACAGCAUCAGUGUCAUCAGUCUGAUAAAUAGGGAAAGGCAAGGUGAUGCAUUGGAAGUGAUGCAGUACACAAAGCCUGAUCCAAUCUCGAACCUGGUGCUAACACCCCAAGAAAACACCAUCAACCUCACCUGGACAUCACCCAGCACCAUGUACGACGGCUUCCUCAUCUGCUGGUAUUCUGCUACUACUGAAGACAACAAAGCUUGGCUUGAUGGAGAUGCCACCACCUACCCAUGGGUUAUCUCUACUCCCAACGAGGAGUAUGUUGUUUCUGUUGCUACGUUCGUUGGGGAUCGUGAGGGCGAUUACGUCCUCAGCAAUAAGGUUACUGACUUCAUAACCCUGACUGAGACGUCCCCUCUGAUAUUAAAGGACAUUGCCACAGAUACCAUCUCUGUGUCAUGGGUGACGAUCCCGGGUGUCGUGGACUACACUCUCUCGUACAGCCCUCCAGAUGGCAAUGAGCAAGCCACACAAGACAUUGACGAGUCCUCCGCGAUUGCGGAAGGCCUCAACAACAUUUACUAUGUGAACUUCACUGGGCUCACUCCGGGAAGGGAGUAUACUUUCACUGUCGUCUGGCCCCUGGCUUUUAACUACUCCACCGAUGCCAUUCGCACAAAUCCUUUACCCAUCUACGAUCCUUCCGUCACCAAUACCACCUCCUGCAACCUGCUCUACCAAUGGUGUCUCCCAGAUAGUGACUUUGACAACAUCAGCAUCACCAUCGUCCCUGAUGUCUCGAUGCGAACGUUGAGCCGCGGCAACGGCACCGGUGGAAUGUGUGACUAUCAAACGGUGUACCUUGAUGGAUUGGAGCCUGCAACGUCUUACAACGUUUCAGUUGAGGUGAUGAGCGGAGACAAAAGCAGUGAGGUCGUCAUGGUGUACAGCACAACAGGCGACAGAGGUGGUGCCAUCACUGUAACAGACGUGAGCACUACAAGCCUCAACAUCACUUGGUCGGAAGUGCCCGGCGAGGACGAAUUCACAGUGCAAUGGACGGUUGCUUCUGGAGAUCCCUUAAAUGCAACUGUUUCUGGUGCCCACGAACUUUCAAUCGGAAAUUUGCAGCCAGGGGACGAUGUGCACAUCACCGUUGCGUGGGACUUUCUUUGUUUGCUGCCAUUUAUGAGGCAAUACACAAAACCACUGCCAGUAAAUAACGUGACUCUUGAUGAUAGCACCAUUUUCACUCUUACCAUAUCCUGGGAGAAUCCAAUCGAUGGUUCUUUUAACAUGUUCCUCGUCGAAUACGCUCCGGUUCGGAGUCCUGAUUCUGUGAUGGCCCUAGACCCCAUCAACAUGGGGACCAACACUGCAAUUAUACCUAACUUACAACCGGGUACUUUGUAUAACAUCAUGGUAUAUGCCUUGGCAGGAGAGGAGAGGAGUGAUGCAACAGAAAUAACUGCAAUGACAAGACAACAAAACUCAGAGGAACUACGCCUGCAGACAAGGACGUCCACGUCCAUCUCUGUCUCCUGGGGCAACACCACCCGACCAGAGGUGACUGGUUUCGUAUUGCGUAUUACCUUCCAGGAGGGCGACGCGAUAGACUCUAUAAAGAACGUAAGCCUUGGUGAUGUCCUAGGCGUUGAAUUCAGCGACCUCAUCCCUGGCACUAACUACACCGUUUACCUGCUUGUUGAAGUAGAAGGCCAAUUGGAUACAGCAGUACAUUCCCUUGAUGUCACCACAUUGCCCGGAAUGCCAGGAAACAUCUCCUGUGACCCCACAAAGACCACACAAAGUCUGCUCGAGAUUGAGUGGGGCUCAACGCAGGAGGGUAACUUUGAUGGUUAUGCUAUCAGCACACAGACCGGUGAUGGCGAAGAGAUCCCUCUGGAAUCGGUAGAGAAGGAUGAGCAGCUCCAAGCGACGGCUGACUACCUGAUGGACAACACGAUCUACACCUUCAUCGUCAGGAGCACGCUAGGAGACUUAAGAGGAGAACCUACUACCAUGACCUGCAGGACAGAUCCCCAAAACCUAAUGGUCUCCACCUCCACCUCCCCCUCUGGGGGACAAGAAGUCUUUCUCGACUGGCAGGACUAUGGGGCAUCUUCGUACAAGGUGGAAUAUACACCUCAGGAAGGUACACCCAGCUCUCCCAUCUUCCUCGACACCAGGCAGCUGAUCCUCCGCAACCUGUCCCCAGGCACUGCAUACCACUUUACUUUACACUAUACAGCUACGGGAUCGACAACCGGCGUGACCUUUGUGCUUGCACCAUUGCCUGUAGUGCAGGUCAUCAUUGUACUCCGACGGCCCACGUCUUUCACCAUCCAAAUUACUUUGCCACGAAGAGGAAGGUACCGUUUCCUACGCCUGAGGGUCAGACGACGCAGCCAGGGCUUGGACGCUGGACCAGACGGAGACGAAUUCUUGAUUCCGACGGACGCCUGUCCGGAGUAUACCUUCAAUAAUCUUCUACCAGACACGGACUACGCCGUGGAUGUGAACACUGUCGCUGAGGAUGGACGCACAGAGAGCAGUCCGAGUACAAUGGAUGUAACAACACCACGUAUGGAGGAAGGUGACAUUUCUUUCAACGAGGUCACGACCACGUCAAUCAGUUUCGCAUGGGGUAUGGUCUCGGCCGAUACCAACGGACCCUUCGACUUCUACCUUCUGAACUUGAAGAACGAGUUGAGCAUCGAUGUCCAAAACGUCCAGGUGAAUACCAGCGAGACUAGAGAGCAUACCUUCAUUGGUUUGAUGCCAGGCGAGCUGUACAGGGUGGAGCUGAUUGUCAACAGUAACAGACAGAGAAGUGCACCUAUGUACACCCGCCCAGACAAACCAACCGACAUCAUGCUCUCCGACCUCACAACGACAAGUCUCACCAUCGACUGGAAAGCACCGCUUACCAGCUAUCAAGGAUUCAGGCUCUGCUGGGCUUAUGGCGAGACCAACUCGCUGGAGCUUGGACCAGCUGUCAUGGAACGAACGCUGUCAGACUUGGAAGCAGGAGCGGAGUAUUUGGUGUCACUCGCUGCUGUCGUUGGCACGGGGACUAACCAGAUCACUAGCGAGAAGUUCACUACCAUUGUCACCUUAUUCCCACCUGCUGAGCUCCACGUCAACAUAACCAGCUUCAACACCACCGCAGUCUCCAUAGUUUGGGGGACAGACAUCCCUCUCUUGGACGUCAGCAGCUACGUGGUCAGCUACUGGGAGACUGCCAACAACGGGUCAGUCCAGGACAUCUCGGUGGACGAUCCUAGCCAGACUGACUACACCAUCGACGGUCUGGUGCCAGGCACUCGGUAUAGUUUCAUGGUGGAUGCCCUGGGAACUGUUCAGGCAGUCACCUCCAUCGGAGCCACACAGUACACAAAUCCAGAGACUGUUGCAGAGAUUCGUGUCAUCCCGUCCAUAACCUGCUCUGUUCGUUUGGAGUGGGAUCGACCCGAAGGAAACCUCGAUAGCUACAUCUUCCACUACAACGUGACUCGAGGCACCAUCGUCGGCGCACCCCUCCAACUCGACGUGGCAAUCAACGACACCGCAGAGACCUUGACGUAUCUCUUAGAGGGACUUGAGAAAGAUUCAUCCUCUGACUUCGUCUCGUUAGAAGUCGGUGUCACCACUGUGGCUGGAGCUGGAGAGGAUCAAGUCGAAAGCUUGCAGCAGGUGGUGAAAGAUCUUGAUGUCAAUGUUGUAACCAUCACCAUUUUGGGCCGUGAUCAGAAUUCCAUACAAGCUGAGGUGAAUUCAAGCGUAAGCAAUGUAGAAAGCAUUACAACCGGAUUGUACAACGACGAGAUGGUGACUAGCAGCACGACAAGAAACUGUUCGACCACGGAUUGCGAAUCGUUCACGGUGGACUUUGAUACGUUGAAUUCCGGCACUCUCUACACUCUCUAUGCUGGAGUUGUACAGAGCAGUGGACGUGAAGUUGUUCCCUUACUCGCAAAGGCAGCUACAAUCCCAGAAUCCGCGGUUGAUCUCCAAUUCACCAGCAUCGGCAGGAACUAUGUGGUCCUGACGUGGGACAACCCUGCCGGGAUGAUCGAUAGCUACAACAUUUCCUACUAUCCUGUUAAUGACAUCACAAAGCUGAUGUUCGAGGUCGUUCAGGCUGCUGCUGAAAGCAAUGUGCUGAGAGUGGAUGACCUUAAUGAGGGAAUGAAUUACUCCUUCACUGUGGUGUCUCUCCUUGAAGUGGAAGCAGAUCUCCAGGAGAUGGGCGCUCCUGUGGAAGUCUUUGCAGUUGUUGGAGUUCUGGGAAGCUUAAACAUCACAGCAUUCGAUGAGACCACCAUGAACAUUGAAUGGGAGCAAGUUGACGUAGAAGAGUACAUUCUCUCCUACGAUGCACUGGAGGGAGGGUCUGGUAACGUGACCGUUCAAUCAACUGACCCCAAUUCCUACACCUUCACCGGCUUGACCCCUGGUACACAAUACACCAUUGGUGUCCAGCCAGGUAUAUACGCUGCACUUGAGAAGACGCAGUCCACAGUUCCGAAUCCGCCAACAAACUUAAGAACCACGAUGGUGGCAGCGCAGAGUAUAACAGUCAGUUGGGAUCCACCUUCAGAGGGUGGGAGCGAUACGUAUAACAUCACCUACAAUGUAACCGGAGGGCAGCCGCCAUCUCCCCACACUGUAUCAACAUCGGAAACGUCUGUGACAUUUAGCAACCUGACACCUCUGACUGAGUAUUUCUUCACGAUAGUGAAUAUUUGGAAAUCUCUACCAAGCCGUUCAGAGCUAACCAGGGCGACUACAUCUGCCCAGACUCUCAGUCUGGCCGUAACCCCUGAAGACAACACCGAAUUCACCGUGAGCUGGGAAGACCUGGACACCGAGGCCUUUGAACAGUACUGCGUCAUGUAUGAACCAUACGAGGCGCAGGAAAACAGGCAGCAGGAGAGUUUUCCUGUAGCCAGGAACAUCCGAUCUGCCCGGUUCUACGGUCUAGAUCCAGGCCAGGAGUACACGGUUUAUGUCACAAGCUGCUCCUCAGUCUCUGACCCAACAAGCCAUGCAAAUGAAAGAAUUUCGUUCAGAUUAGAUCCGGCUGCCAUCGCAGAGAUCCGCAUUAUGGACGGCUCCCUCGGUCCUCGCGCUGUGAUGCUGGAAUGGGACCAACCCGAGGGUAUCCGUGGACUCUACGAAGUAACCCUUGACCCCGCAGACGAGGGCAGUGUGGAUGUGGAUGGGGAUGAGCUUCCUGUCAACAUCACUGGCGUCAUGACCAGUAUUAAAAUCCUGAACUUGGCAGCCGGCAAGGGCUAUACAGUUGGAAUAACCGCCAUCAGUGGAGACAAAAGAAGCGAAAAUACAACCUUCCUGUUUUACACACUACCUGAUCCUCCUCAAAACCUUGUCAUCUCUGAGAUCGGGGAAGACACAGCAACGUUAUCCUGGGCAGAUCCUGCUGAGAUGAACUUCGAUAUUUUGGAAGUUGUCAUGACAACGAUGCCAGCAACGAAGACUACGAUCUUAAAACUGAACACCAACACAGUUGAGCUGACCAACCUGGUCCCAGGGCAAACUUAUACUGUCCAACUUGCAUCAGUGAUACGGCCAGAUGAUGCACUGAACCAGCCAGAAGUGAUUGGAGAGCCUCAGGUGUCAUCCCCCUUCCUGAUGAAACCUGCCUCACCAUCUGACAUCUCCGUAAGCAACAACGAAUUGACACGAGUAACUGUAACAUGGCAGCCAAGCGAGGGUGUGGUUGCACGAUACAGUUACACCUACGGCCUUCCGGGCUUCACGGUCACGGCCAGCGAAACCACCACAACAACCGACACCUCCAUCCAGCUGUCCAAUCUCACACCCAGCACGCGUUACGAGUUCCGCCUGUGGGCAGAAAGCGAUCAGACGGAAGGAAGCGAAACAAGCUCCAGUGAUGUCGUAACAGUUAAUAUCGUCACAAAGCCAUACAGCCCAUCUUUUACAGGAAGCGAGGUUAUGGCUACAUCUAUUACAUGGACAUGGAGCUCGCCAUCUACGAUUGUUACCAAUUUUGUAAUCUCAAUCAAAGAUAACACAGGCGCUAACAUCAACACACAAAUUGUACAAGAAGGCUUGAUGAGUUAUACAGAAGAGAAUCUGGCCUCAUACACUGCUUAUUUCGCUGUUCUCCAAGCUGUCUUCUUCAAUGUACCUAGCGAUCCUGUCAGUGCACUGCCAGUAACAACACUGCCGUCAAUGCCUAGUGCGGUCGGUGGACUGACCAUCACCAAGACUGGUAUCGUUGAUGCUGAGGUCAGCUGGUCUUCUCCUUUGCUUCCAAAUGGCGUCAUUGCCAACUACUCCCUGACCAUUCACAUCUCACAUGACAAUGGCACCCUCUCUCCAUAUGGGGAUACUGUCACCAUUAGUGCUGUGGCUGAGCAGACAGAAUACUCACAGGAUGUCAUUGGCUUGGCUGCAGGGCAGUACUAUGUUUUCUCGGUGUACGCUACCAACCAGGUCGCGUCUAGUAAUCAAAGGUCGACCACCAGAACCCUGUUUGCUGAAACAGCUCCACCGUCUCCACCUCGUGGUGCAACUCCCUCGUUGGUCUCCCGAGGCAGCACUAUCACCAUCACUUUUUUCAAUCUCUUUGAUACUGCGUUUGGACGAAUCGUGCGCUUUGCAAUCAUUGUGCAGGAACGUGUUGAUGGCGGUACCGUCGUCAUCACAGCCAAACGUCAGACCACAUCUUCACUCACCUGGGCUGAAGCCAGAAGGACACGCCCUGUUCCCUCCUACCAGACCACGCCCGAUGACUAUAACCCUUUUGCUGAUGGGGCAGGUGUAACCACCUUCAGAGUUGGGUCAGAGUCCUGUGAUCCUGAUGAUCUUACUGCCUAUUGCAAUGGGGCUCUCUACCCUGGUACCUCUUACAGAUUUGCUAUUAGAGCGUAUGGUGUGGACGGCAAGUUUGUGGAUACUGAAUUCAGCUCUCCAUUUAGAACAGAUCCCGACAGAGGAAUAUUUGUCAUCCCGGCAAUUGUCCUUGCCAUCAUGGUAGUCAUCAUCCUCAUCAUCUUCAUGGCCAUGGGAUUUGGAUGCUGCGGAAAACCGGAUGAUGGUAUGUACUCUGAUGACAGUAAUGGAUAUGGCAAUGACUACAGCAAUGGCAACGGCAACGGCUACAUCAAUGGCAAUGGCAACGGCAUUAUGAAGAGGGCGCUAAUCAACGAAGGAGUAAAUACGUACGCAUACCAGCAGCCACAAAUAAUGGAGCACUCGUUCACGAAUAUACCCGAUUACUCCACGAUACCACCUAACAGGGGAACCACAGCCCAAGUUCACCAACCUUCCACCACGCAUACCCGUCCUACCAAGAAGAAUAUGUUUGCCCAACACGUUGCCAAGAUGUCUGCUCGCAACAAUGCUGGAUUCAGUGAUGAAUAUAAUAAUUUGCCAGCGAUGGAAAAGACUCGAGCGGUGACUGCGGCUCGACAGGCCAGAAAUGAUGAUAAGAACAGAUACAGGAACAUCUUGCCUUAUGACUACACCAGAGUCCAACUGAAAGGAGUAGCCGGUACCGAUUACAUCAAUGCAAGUUACAUUAAGGAUGAUCAUGGACAGAAGAAGUACAUUGCGACCCAAGGACCCUUGCCAAACACCAUUGAACACUUCUGGGAGAUGGUUUGGGAAAACCAGACCAGUACCAUUGUGAUGAUGACUGCAUUGGUGGAAGGAGGAAAGACCAAAUGCGAGCACUACUGGCCAGCUGGAGAAGAGCCUCAACUGCAUGGCAACGUGACUGUCACCCUUGUUGGCAGUAACCAGACCGAGAACUUCAUCGAACGCACACUUCUCCUAGAAAAGGAGGGUACAGAACGCACCGUGACCCACUACCAGUACCUCGCCUGGACCGACCAUGGCGUGCCCGAGUCCACUGCCCCUCUAGUGGGGCUACUCCGUCAGGUCAAAGUGACUAACCAGGAAGAUGGGGCAGCAACCGGUCCGAUCGUCGUCCACUGCAGUGCUGGUGUUGGCAGGACAGGAACGUUCAUCGCUGCUGAUAUGUUAAUGGAUGCCAUACAACGAUCCACUGCUACCGACUACAUUGACGUUGCUGGUACUAUAGCGAAGAUCAGAGAGCAAAGAGCCCUCUUGGUUCAAACACUGUACCAAUACAUCUAUCUUCAUCGUACCGUGCUUUCCUUGAUCGAGGAGCAAUAAGGAUCAUACUCCAGAAUGGACUUUUACUACACCCAGAGACACUCCAUGAGAUUCGAUUGGGUUAACUCUGCAUUUCUAGUAAAUAAAAUAAAAAAUGCUCGUUCACAUAUGACCGGGUAUGCCACCGCGUAUAAACUGCUGCGGUUUCCUUAUGUUUAAACGAAUGUAAACUGCACGCAACAAUGGUCUUAUGCAUUAAACUUACAUGUAGCUUUAUGCUAUCCAAUAGGCAAUGUGAAGCAUAAUACACUUUACGUCUUCAGGGGGGUGUUUCACAAAGAUUCUAAGUUGAACUUAUCUCUAAGUUGGACUUAAAAAUUAUGGAAAGCCGUUAGCAUCUUUGAAAAUAUUUU